AUGUCUGACUCUGAGGCACCAGCGCUCACACGCCCGACGGGCAAACGUACUGUUACCGGUCUCACCGCGUCGCAAAUACAACAUAAACGUGAUCUUGAUCGAAAGGCACAACGUGCUCUGCGCCAACGCACAAAACUCCGAAUUCAAGAACUUGAAAAUGAUAUUGCUCGCUUCCGAACUUCCUUUUCGCAGCGAGAGCAGACAAUGAUUGACGAAAUUCAACUUUUGCGAGAUCAGAACCGGAAACUCAAAUCCUCUCUGGAAAAUAUCCGAAAGUAUGCUCUUGGCGAGCUUUCAAGCCUGUGGGAAACGAGUCCCCCACCAGACACGCCUGAUCGGGAAAUUGCUGAGAAGGAAAUUGAGCAAUUUCAUCAACCGAUGGACCCGAAUAAUUCGAAUGCCACGCACGGCCACGAGUCAGGUCGACCGACGCUACCCCCCUUAACAAGUGCAUUUGCGGGUCUCGUUGCAGAAAGUGAUCAAAUUCUAUUGGACUUCAUUGCUUCGCGACGAUCCAUGCUUGCCCGAGGUAUAUCCCCGGAUAUUGUCCUGGGUCCUGAACACCUGUCUCCACGAGAACUCCUGGACCCGACAAUCGACUCCACUUCACAUCCAAUAAGCCGGGUGAUGGCAGAUGUCCUUACUACCUUUCCACACGUAAAGCUUCCAGAAAAGCUGGCCUUCAUGUACCUCAUGCAUCUAACCACGCGGUGGCAGGUAUCACCAAACAUCGGUAGCUAUUCCCGCAUGCCCGUGUGGCUCCGGCCAACUGUAACGCAGAUAACCGUUCCGCAUGCUGCGUGGAUUGAUAACAUCCCUUGGCCUCGAGUACGAGACAUCCUUAUUCAAAAGCCCGAUCGAUACCCGUUUGCCGUUUUUUCUGAGUUAUAUUCGGGGCAUGUCACCAUCAAUUGGCCGUAUGACCCUGAAGACAUCGCUGUUGAUACGGACGACGGUCCCUCAUUAAACACUAUAUUUGAAAAACACAUCCAGCGUUUGAGUAAUUGGAUUGCUCCUCGACAGUUUCGGGAAUAUUUUUCUGAAUGGACAUCCGAUGUUUAUGUUGAUGAGUAG